GAGGUGCUGGAGGACCUGAAGACGAGCACCCGCUACACGGAGGAGGAGCUGUGCCGCUGGUACGAGAGUUUCCAGCGCCAGUGCCCCGACGGCCGCAUCAGCCGCGCCGAGUUCGAGAAGAUCUACGGCACCUUCUUCCCCAACUCGGACCCGCAGGGCUACGCGCGCCACGUCUUCCGCAGCUUCGACACCAACGACGACGGCACGCUGGAUUUCCGGGAGUACAUCAUCGCGCUGCACCUGACCUCCAGCGGGAAAACCCACCUGAAGCUCGAGUGGGCAUUCUCGCUCUUCGACGUGGAUCGCAACGGGGAGGUCAGCAAGAGCGAGGUGCUG